AUGUGGUCGCAGGGCAGCCCCCCGGGACCCGCGGUCCGGGACCGCCGGAGGGUGGGCGCACGACUGCGCGCUGCGCUGGCCGGCCUGCACGAGCUGCAGGGGCUGCGGGCCGCGCAGCAGGCGCGCGUGCGGGGCGCCCUGGGCCUGCAGCCCGAGCCCGGACCCCGCGGCCACGAACUGCGGCUGGAGGCGGCGCUGGCCGCGCUGCGGGAGCAGCUGUCACGGUUACGACGACAGGAUGCUGGCCUGAAGACCCACUUGGACCAGCUGGACCAGCAGAUAAGCGAGCUGCAACUGGACAUGAGCCGGUCGUCUUGUGAAGCCCCUGACAGUGAUAGCAGGCCCAGUUCAGGCUUCUACGAGUUGAGCGACGCUGGCUCCUGUUCCCUGUCCACCUCCUGUGCCUCUGUUUGCAGUGACCGUCUCUCCCCUUCGCUGGGCAGCUGGCUGCCUGUGUUCCAGCCUCCUAAGAGCAGGCCUGGCAUGGGGGACUGGCGGCCCCACUCUGCUGAUGAGACCACCGUGCCUGCGUGGAGUCCCCAGCCCCGUGAGGAGGGCAGCAAGCCCUUGCCCAGUGCAGAUGACGUGGGUCAGCUUCGCAGCAUGUUCCGGCCCAGGCCAGUGUCUACAGGUGACCUCGAGAGAGUCCUUCCUGCUGAACUGGGGCUCCAGGGAGCUGGUGCUGGUUCAAUAUUCACCUCCUUCCUCUGCCAGGGCACAGAGGGUCCAGCCCACAUGGUGGACCCCAAAUACCAACGUGACCUGGUGGCCAGGGGUGGCCAGGAGGUGUACCCAUACCCCAGCCCCCUGCAUGCAGUGGCUCUGCAGAGCCCCCUAUUUGCUCUGACUAAGGACACCUCACAGUUUGAUAGCUACUCACCCUCUAGAGAGCCCCCUUUGAGCCCAGGGGGUCUGAGUGGGACUCGAUCUCGGCCUAUCCCUGAGCUGGGCCCGGCUGAAGCCUACAUCGACAGGCUUUUGCGUCUACGGAGACGAGGGGACCCCUCGAGGGGCAUUGUGGGGGAACAGGGAACCCUAGGACAUGAUACAUCCUCUUUCCCACAGAAGCCCUGUAGCCAGAGGUCAGAUAGUGGAAUUUUACUCAAGAAGCUGAUUCCUAGGAGGGGUGGGGGAGGGAUGGUGCAGAGCAGUGAUGUCAGUGAGAACACCCUCAAGCAGCAAGGACCCGCAUCCCCCGUGGACCCCCAGCCUCCCAGCAGUUCUUCAAACGAGGGAGCCACACUCAGAAAGCCUGCUGUCCGUGGCGAUACCGCCAUGGGCCCCUCCUCUUGUCUCCAGACCCACAGUGACUAUGGCCAAGGACAAGCCCUGUCCCCCUCUAGGCUCCUGGGCCCCGAGAGUCCCCCUCUGGCCCCAGGACCCUUUGUCCACCCACUCGGCAACACUGGGGAAGCCCCUUCCUCCACAAGCCCGAAGACCGGUCCCCCCCAGAGCAAAGCCACAAAGAUCAGGAGAAGGGCCAGUGACAAGGUGCCACGUUUAGGGAAGCAGCUGCCUCCGCGACCAGAGAGACAAGGGGGCACCCAGGUUGCUUCCCAGCUGCCCCGGGAGUGGGACCCCUCACCCAGGCCCCUGGGGGGAGGGCUCAGCAGGAGGCCUCCAUUGGCCAGGGAGGCUCCUGGACGCUCUUGCUCUGAGUCCACCCUCUAUCCUGUUCCCUUUUUUGUCCCCUUAAUGGUGGCCCGACAGGAGGGUUACCGUGCAUCAUCCCAAGCCCUGUUCCCAGUGGAGGCAGCCCCCCUCAGCUCAGUGGCCAGGAGGAAACAGCGCAAGUGGCAGUCUACUGUGGAGAUCUCAGCCAAGCCCCGCCUGACCAGCGGUCCGGGGCCCAGCCUGGGGCCUCCCCGGCCUCCAGCUAGAAAAGCAAGUGGUCCGUGGGCUCGGGGCAGGCCCACUCUAGCCCGUCAGGAUGCCUAUGCCAAGAGUGAGUCAGAGCCCUCGGACCACUCGGCCGAGUGCAGUUCCCUGUUCCAUUCCACCAUCGCUGAGACGAGCGAGGGGGAGGCUAGCGACCACACUGCCAAUCGCUUUGGGGACCAGGAGUCCAGUGACAGCGACUCAGAGGACAGUGUCCAGACUGGCGGCGGUAGGGACGGUGCAGAGGCUGGGCAGAGAGAGCAGGCCUGGCCUCAGGUGGCCCCCCGGCAUCCCCUGAGGACCCCAGGAAGCACCAGGCCAACCCUGCCACCCGUUCCCAAGCUGUGCCGCAUCAAGGCCUCCAAAGCCCUGAAGAAGAAGAUCCGCAGGUUCCAGCCGGCAGCACUGAAGGUCAUGACCAUGGUGUGAGGUGGGCACAGGUGUUCCAUGACAACCCCAGGCCCCUUACACGCUGGGUGAUGAGCAGGUUGGCCUUGAUGCCACCCUGCCAGUUUGCUCAGAUUUUGAGUCACCCAUGGCUAUGGUCGUGAGUUCCAUGGAAUAAUUUCCCUCCCAGCAGCAAUUCAUACAUUUCCGUCAUGUAACCCUAGCCAGAGUUAUUCCUGCAUCACACCUCUGGCUGGAGUGUGGACAAGUGCCGGAAUGUUAGGCUACCCCUCCCCCAGCAUCUUAGAGACAUUGCAGCCUGUGUGCUAAGAACGAUCUGAAUUUGAACUCCGUGUUGAGCUUGAACAUGAGUGAACACACUGUGCCAUUGUUUUUGCAAAUAAAAGCACCAGGUUUCCUUUCCUUCCCCCCUCACUGAGAGCGCUGAGGGGAGGCAAGGCAUUUUAUGA